AUGCUUCUCCUCCGCAUCCUCGCCUCCCUCCUCUUCCACCUCCCCAUCGUCCUCUCCAUCCCUCGCCACACUCCCUCUCUUUCGCCUCCUCCUUCUCCUCCUCCUCCUCCUCACCACCGCAACCACCACUACAACAGGAGUCUCGAGGCCAUUGUCGUCGUCGCCCCCUUACCGCCUCCUCCGCCGCCGCCAACAACAACCACAAUCAUCGAACCGAUUCCCUUCCCCCUGCCACCGACGACGUCGUUUCCCUUGCCCCCGCCGACAACCACGUCUGAUCCAUGGAAGGACAUGUGUUUGCCAGGACAAGAGUGCGAUUGUUCUCGCAUCAAGGACAAGAACGGCGAAGAAUAUUUCCAAUGCGUCACAAACCCCCGCUGCGACCACUGCUGGAUCAACAUCACAACAACAACAACAACAACAACAACAUCAUCAUCAUCCCUCCCCUCAUUCUCUACCCCAAUCAUACUCACCACCCCUGCAACAACGAAAAACCUCCUCAGCACAGACUACCGCACGCUCCUCCCGGGGACAUACACCAGUUCGUCGCACGGCACCGCGCACGUCGUCGUCGUGCAGCAGCCUGCGUCGAUUCACUUUGUGACGCUGACGGUGACGAGGGAGGUGCAGGUGACGCCUUUGUGUGAGGCCGUGGGGAGUGGUGUGGUAUUCGCGGUCGAGUUUGCCGACUGGGUGCGAGUGUUUCCAAACAGCUGGGUGAUUGAGGGAUGUUCGGAAAAGGGGGGGGGACUCGAAAGUAUGACAACAUGA